AUGAGCGCGUCGGCGAUGGCGGCAGGUCAGCCGCAGUUCCGCUACUCGCAACCGCCAUCCAAGGUGCUGCACGUGCGCAACCUGCCGUGGGAGGCGACGGAGGAGGAGUUAUCAGAGCUCUGCAAGCCCUUCGGCCGCGUCGUCAACACCAAGACCAGCGUCGGCGCCAACCGUAACCAGGCGUUUGUCGAGUUUGCGGAUUUGAACCAGGCGAUCGCCAUGGUGUCUUACUAUGCAUCGUCAUCCGAGCCAGCACAGGUCCGCGGGAAGGCGGUGUACCUGCAGUACUCGACGCGGCAGGAGAUCACCACGUCCAACAAGACUGGCGAUUCCACCUCCGGGAAUGUCCUGCUUGUGACUAUAGAGGGGGUUGAGGCUGGCGACGUGACUAUAGACGUGCUUCACCUGGCAAUGACUGGGAUUCCACCAGACCAGCCCACCUAUGCCCCCACCCACGAGGCAUUGGUGCAGUACGGAGACCCAGAGACUGCCAACAGUGCCAAGACUUCAUUGGAUGGCAGGAGCAUUCCUAGCUACCUGCUCCGAGAGCACGUGCAGACAUGCAGUCUGCGCAUCUCCUUCUCGGCCCACACGGACCUCAACGUCAAGUUCCAGAGCCACCUUCCCCUCAUCUCUCUCUCUCUCUCUCUCUCUCUCUCUCUCUCUCUCUCUCUCUCCCCCUGUGUGUCUGUGCAUGUGCGUGUGUCUAUGUUCCGCCUCCCAGCUACCUGCUCCCGGAACACGUGCAGGCAUGCAGCCUGCGCAUCUCCUUCUCAGCCCACACGGACCUCAACGUCACGUUCCCUCUCCUUCCCUUUGCAUGUAUGGGUGUGUGCGUGCUCCCCACCCGGACCCACCAGCUACCUGCUCCCGGAGCACGUGCAGGCAUGCAGCCUGCGCAUAUCCUUCUCAGCCCACACGGACCUCAACGUCAAGUUCCAGAGCCACCGCAGCCGCGACUACACCAACCCCUACCUCCCCGUCUCCUCCUCCGCUACUGAUGCCGGCGUGCAGGUGCGCCCUAGAAGAAAGUGA